CGAACAAAUUGCCUAUGUGGGACAGGCCCAUAAGGUGCAUAUGCCAAGGUAUUGAAGGCUAUGUCAUUAUUUCAGGUAAAUGGAGUUGGAAGAGAGAUUUUUUUUUAACUUUUUUUAAAUUUUAGAGAUACAGCAUGGAAACAGGCCCUUCGGCCCACCGAGUCUGCGCCAUCCAGCGAUCCCCGCACACUAACACUAUCCUAUACACACUAGGGACAAUUUACACACACACACACCAAGCCAAUUAACCUACAAACCUGUGUGUCAUUGGAGUGUGGGAGGAAACCGAAGAUCUCGGAGAAAACUCACACAGGUCACGGGAAGAACGUGCAAACUCCGUGCAGACAGCACCCGCAGUUGGGAUGGAACCCGGGUCUCCGGAGCUGCAAGCGCUGUAAGGCUACUCUACCGCUGCACCACUGUGUAGUGGUUGGCAUGGUCGUGGUGGGCUGAAGGGACUGUUCCCAUGAGUCAGUAAGCCUACAAAACGUCCUUUCAAACCCAGAAAGUUCAGAACAGAAAUUGACCGGCAAACUUUGUUUCUGUGACAUGGGGCGGCACGGUGGAGUUGCUGCUUCACAGCACCAGAGACCCAGGUUCCAUCCUUAAGGGCCUGUUCACAUCCUAAUUCACGACCUCGUGACGACCAUGCUGCGAGUAUGAGUCAAGGGCAAACUCGGCAGAGGUCGUGAAAGUGGGACAAGCCCUUAAGUAUGGGUGCUGUCUGUACAAUGUUUGUACGAUCUUCCUGUGACUACAUGGAGUUUCCUCCCAGCAGUUACUCAAGUCGUAUAGGUUUGUGGAUUAAUUGGCUUCUGGUAACUGUCCCUAGUGUGUAAGAUUGUGCUAGUAUAUGGGUAUAUGCUAGCUGGUCGGCGGGGACCCAUUGGGCCGAAGGGCCUGUUUUCUCUGCUGCAUCUUGAGACUAACAGUAGUCUAAAGACAUUGUUCCCACACCUUGGUAAAAUCCCAAUGAUUUUUGCCAGACUUGUAAAGUUGAUGUUGAUGUGAGUACAAUGACGUGCUCUCUCAAACGUGUAAUCUAUUGAGCUACAUGGGCCUUGCCCUCAGCAGUUUGCAUAACAGGAGUUCAGCUCUUCAAAAUUACCUUUCAUUAUGAUUUGUUGCUUUCUCAUUAGAAAAGAAUGAUUUAUUACCAUGGCUACAGUUGCCACAGAAGCUUGGGUGACAUAGAGCCUAUUCAGUAUUGGUCCAGUCACUCUUGAUGUGCUGAAGUCUGUACAACACUGCGGGGCAGGCAGUUUGGGUAGGCAGCUCUGAACUAUGUUCAAUAUUGAAGCCCGAUGGCACUUUCAAGACCAGCCUGAGCUCAAAACAGUGGGAAGUCGGGACGAAUACUCACGGGAUCCCCGGGGAAAGUGGCACCGAGAACCUCUCGGUUAUGAGCGGAAAUGUUGCAGAAGGCACGUAUCGGGCCCCUUUGACGAUGGUGUGCGGGGCCUUACGGAGCAGCGAGGUGACCUUCCAGCCCAGCCGUAGCAACAGCGUGGACUCAGCCCUCCCCCUGCGGGACGCAGGCUGGCUCAGCCGAGGGAAAGCCUUUCUACGGUCCAGCCUGAAGCUGCCGCUGGGUGAAGCCCGCUCCGUGCAGGGCGGCGGUGGCAGCGGCAGCAGCAGCGGCCUGGUGCUGCACCCUCGCCAGGCGGCUGGCUACUAGCCGACCGCCCUCUCCACCACUGGCCCGCGGCCACACACCUGCACGGAUACAGUCUGAAGCUGCUGGACUGGACGGCCACGGACACGGACAUGGACACGGACAUGGACGGGGAGGAGGGCCACCCUUUCCUCGACACCCUGCAGCUGAAGAACAAACUCGAGCGCAGGAUGUCCGAGGUCUUGCCUCGCAAGAGUCCUCUCGAGACCGUACUCCCGCUGAAGCCGGCGCUGGCUCGAUCCGCGUCGCAGAAGCUGCUGAACGCCAGCCGGCCGGUGCCUCCCAUCGAGAGGAGCGCUUCGCACACCCAGGAGGCCUGCAACAAGGACCUGUCCUCUGUCCACAAGGACCCCAAGGCCACCGAUGGCCAAUCGUUGGGAAGGCCAGGUCUGGAAGGUAGUAAGGGACUUGCAAAACCUGUCUUGGUCCCAGAGGAGGUGAGGAUCUCUCUUCAACACCUGCGGAGCAGUGCGGAGAAGAAAAGGAAGUUGCUGGGUGCCAGCUUAUGCCAGUUGCCACUCAAGUUGCCUGAUUCAUCGGAGGACGGCUGCCGGCCCCUGCCUUGCACACCUGCACAGCCAGGAGCCCAGACACAGACUGCAGCCCCCAUUCAGAGAGACCCAGUCGAACACGGGCCGAUCUCGGGACCCGAAGAGCAAACUGCGCAGGUUGCAGAUGGCCCCCACAACGGUCUGAAAGGAAAGAGGAAGAACAGGAGCGGUGUGAAACAGGACGCAGCGGCAGAUGUGGAGAGGAUACCUCCUCCAACGGCAACUGAUCGGAGCACAGAACACAGUCUGGCCCAGAGUGCACCAUCGUUGGCUGAGAAGGUCAAAGGUAAAAGCCAGACCAUGGUCAUCUCGUUCAGGCUGAGCGUGGAGCGGGGUCCGGAGGCUGGCGAUGGGGGUGCAGUGGAGGCCGAUGAGAAGGCAGCGCAUUGUAGACCAGGGAAACAUACUCUCGUUAAUGCUUUGGAAAGCAAGGACCAGAGAGAGGUAGUCGAGCAAACGGACCAAAGAACAGAGGUGAACAAUUCAUCUAUAGCAACUUCGCAGCUGGCGGAGCUGCCGCACUCUGGCCACGUGGCCAUCUCCAAGUCGGCGCAGGAGAAGAUGCGGCAGAAACGGAGGGAGGAGAUGGAGCAACGGGAGCUGCAGAAAGAACGCGAGCUGAUGCAGCAACUGAGGGAGAGACUGCAUGAAGUCAACCCCCACCACACAGCAGUCCCCGCUUGGGAAUCGCCGAAGAAGAUGGGCCUCAGUUCCACAGUGUCCAGUCAAGCCACUUCCCUGCGGAGACGGAUCAACAGGCCCUCGCUUCCCAGUAUUCCCAACAUAUCCCAAAUCUGCAAUCUGACUCGCAAUAUCUCUGCUCACUCUUUACCUGACUUCCCCCUGGAUUCUCGAGAAGGAGGGAAGGACUCGGACUCGGACGAACCGUUGGAGAUGGGCUUGUUCACUCGUCAGGAGCAAGGACUGACCGAGGCCCUCAAACUCCUGGCAAACAGCGACUGGGAGAUGAAGAGGAAGGGGCUGUCGAGCGUGCGUCGCUUGGCCCGUUUCCACCAGGAGAUUCUCCUCACGAGGCUCCACACCGUAGCCCUGGCAGUGAUGGAGGAGGUUAACAACUUGCGCUCCAAGGUUGCCCGCUCUGCCAUCCUGACCCUUGGAGAGCUCUUCUCGCAGCUGAGGAGGAGCAUGGAUCAGGAGGUGGAGGAGGUGGCCAGGAUCCUGCUCCACAGGACCAGCGACUCCAACGAGUUCAUCCGAGCGGAGGCGGUCAAGGCGCUGUCCACCAUGACGCAGAGCGCCAGCCCGUCCCGGGUGCUGAGUGCUCUCAUCGCAGGCGGCUUGAAUCACCGUAACUCCACGGUGCGGAAGUGCGCGGCUGAGAACCUCGUGCUGGCGGUAGACCACGUGGGGGUUGACAGGCUGCUGUCCGGGAGGAGGGACCUCGUGGACCAGGUCGUGCAGUCCGCCGUUAAGUUCUCCCAGGACGGGAACCAGGAGACAAGGUUCUACGGGAAGAAGGUGCUGAACAUGUUGGUGUUCCACGAGGAGUUUGGGAGAUAUCAGGACCGCUCUCUCCUGUCUCAGGAUGUCCACUGUAUUAUCUCAGCCAUCAAACAGAGGGGCCUUCAAGAUGCUUCUUUGGAACUUCUCUCUCCAAAGGACGGAAGGUCAAGGGUGAACAGCUCGUCAAAUGCUCAGGAGGAUGUACUUACCACAGGAAGGUGACUGACAAUUUUAUCCUGGACCACGCAUCUUGUAUUGGUGUAAUGUG